GGGAAAGGCACCGUCUCCGCCCGGAUUAUCAAAUACUUUGGCAUGAAGCACCUCUCCAGCGGCGACCUGCUAAGAGACAACAUGCAGAAGAAGACAGGCUUUUUUUUUCCGCUUGCUGGAGGUCAGAGAUAGUGUAAUGCGACUUCUCUUACUUUCGCAGAAGUUGGGAUCCUUGCCAAGUCCUACAUUGAUCAAGGGCGGCUUAUUCCAGAUGACAUCAUGACGCGACUAAUGCUGGAUGAGCUAAGAGGCCUGGAUCGAUGCAACUGGCUAUUGGAUGGUUUCCCGCGAACAGUUGCUCAGGCAAAAGCCCUGGAUAGAGAAUGUCAGAUAGACACUGUGAUUGACCUAGAUGUGCCAUUUGAGACCAUAAAGUGUCGGCUUACAGCACGCUGGAUCCACCCUGCUAGUGGCAGAGUUUACAAUCUUGAAUUCAGCCCUCCCAAAGUGCAGGGCAUUGAUGAUAUCACUGGAGAGCCACUUGUUCAGCGUGAGGAUGAUAAGCCAGAGACGGUUACCAAGAGGCUGCAGGCUUACGAUGCUCUAACAAAACCUGUUCUAGAGUAUUACCGGGAAAAAGGAUUACUGAAAUCCUUCUCUGGAACAGAAACCAAUAAGAUCUGGCCACAUAUCUAUGCAUUCCUCCAAACCAAGCUGCCAGAUAUAAGCCAAGAAAAUGCUGCCACUCCCAGGUGAAAAUAGGUCUGACUUUCCCUCAUCUGUCGUAGCUUGCAACUGAGAUUCUGCAAUCAAGGGUUACUCUAAGUAGUCUAUAAUAAU